CCGUCCUGACGUCACUUUCUGUUUGCAUAGCUAUUGUCUUACAGCGGCUGCAGCAGCAGCUCCUCACCAGAUUUUCAGUUUUUCACUCCCCCAUUCUCUUUCUCUCUCUCUCUCUCUCUCUCUCUCUCGCUCUCUCUCUGGGAAAGCCUCUCUCUUGCUCUCUCCCUCCCCCCCUUCUCUCUCUCUCUCUUUUCAUUAGUAAAUCCUACAGUGGAAUGAGAAGCGAGAGAGUGACGGAGAGGAGAGGAUGAGGAGGAGGAUAUAGACUGCAGAAAGAGGGAGAGAUGCGAUAACUAGCCACAACCACGUCUCCGUGUCUGGAUCUGACCACAGUUUUUCCUCGGCUAGGAAGGAUUUCUGCUCGUAUUUUUUUGUUUUAUAUUUAUUUAUUGUUCCAAUCCACCACAAGGCCUCUUGUUGUUUUUGUUUUUUUGUUGUUUUGUUGUUUUUUUGUUUUUUGUGCGGCUGGACUAACUGAGCGCGUGCGUGUGUGUGGAGGAGGGCUUUUAAAGCAGCGACGGAUAGCGGAGCUGGGGCAUCUGGCCGUCUGGGAGGCAGCGACGGCCGGCUGGCUGCAUUGUGUUGCUUUGAUGACCCCCGCUGUGUAGCUGCCUGCUCAUCAACCCCCCCCCCUCCCCUUCUCUCUCUCUCUCUCUCCCCUUCUCUCUCUUACCCUCCCCUUUCCCUCUCCUCUCUUUCCUCCUUCUCCUCCGCCUCCUCCUCCUCCUCCUCCUCCUCCUCCUCCUCUCUGUCCAUCACAGCUCCCGGGCCCAGCCAUGUUCGGCACAGAGUCCUCAUUAAGCAUGUUUCUCAACACCCUGACGCCCAAGUUUUACGUGGCUCUGACGGGCACUUCCUCCCUCAUAUCAGGACUCAUAUUGAUCUUUGAGUGGUGGUAUUUCAGGAAAUAUGGGACCUCCUUCAUAGAGCAGGUGUCUGUGAGCCACCUGCGCCCCCUGCUGGGCGGAGUGGACAGCAGCUCCCCCAGCAACUCCAACACCAGUAACGGGGAGGCUGACUCCAAUCGGCAAAGUGUUUCUGAAUGUAAAGUGUGGAGAAAUCCGCUGAAUUUAUUCCGCGGAGCCGAAUAUAAUCGAUAUACGUGGGUAACGGGUCGAGAGCCGCUGACGUACUACGACAUGAACUUGUCGGCGCAGGACCACCAGACCUUCUUCACCUGCGACUCGGAUCACCUCCGGCCCGCUGACGCCAUCAUGCAGAAGGCGUGGAGAGAGAGGAACCCGCAGGCUCGCAUCUCUGCAGCACAUGAAGCUCUGGAGCUUGAAGAUUGUGCGACAGCAUACAUCCUCCUGGCGGAGGAGGAGGCCACCACCAUCAUGGAGGCCGAACGUUUGUUUAAACAGGCACUAAAAGCUGGAGAGAGCUGUUACCGGCGCAGCCAGCAGCUCCAGCACCACGGUACACAGUACGAAGCCCAGCACAGAAGAGACACUAAUGUGUUGGUGUAUAUAAAGAGAAGACUGGCCAUGUGCUCCAGAAAGCUCGGCCGAACACGAGAAGCAGUAAAAAUGAUGAGAGAUUUGUGUGUUUUCCAGUUAAUGAAGGAGUUCCCUCUCCUCAGUAUGUUCAACAUCCACGAGAACCUGCUGGAGUCGCUACUAGAGCUCCAGAACUACGCUGACGUGCAGGCCGUUCUGGCCAAGUACGACGAUAUUAGCUUACCCAAAUCUGCAACAAUAUGCUACACAGCAGCCUUGCUCAAAGCGAGGGCGGUAUCGGACAAGUUCUCUCCAGAGGCAGCGUCCAGGCGAGGGCUGAGCACAGCAGAGAUGAACGCAGUAGAAGCCAUCCACAGAGCGGUGGAGUUCAACCCUCACGUCCCCAAAUAUCUGCUGGAGAUGAAGAGUCUGAUUCUUCCUCCAGAACACAUCUUGAAGAGAGGCGACAGCGAGGCCAUCGCCUACGCCUUCUUCCACUUGCAGCACUGGAAAAGGGUGGAGGGGGCGCUCAACCUGCUGCACUGCACCUGGGAGGGCACGUUCAGAAUGAUCCCGUAUCCUCUGGAGAAGGGUCACCUGUUCUACCCUUACCCCAUCUGCACAGAGACGGCCGACAGAGAGCUGCUACCCAUGUUUCACGAGGUGUCAGUCUACCCAAAGAAGGAGCUGCCCUUCUUCAUCCUCUUCACAGCCGGUCUCUGCUCCUUCACCGCCAUGUUGGCUCUGCUCACACACCAGUUCCCCGAGCUCAUGGGAGUGUUUGCUAAAGCUUUCCUCAGCACGCUGUUUGCUCCUCUCAACUUCAUCAUGGAGAAGGUGGAGAGCAUCCUGCCGUCCAGCCUCUGGCACCAGCUCACCCGCAUCUGACCCCGAUUCCGACCGCACCCAGGAGCAGAGAACCAGAACCCAGAACCAGAACCAGAACCGGGAGCCGACCUCCACCCAGACAGAAACAGCUGAACUGAAACCCAGAACGCUGCAUUGGACUGAACUGACACACUUUUGUGCCAAGAGUUGAAACCAAACGGAGAACAGGCGACAGGAGGAGGCGCGACACGCAAAGACAGCGACAGAGGAAUCCAGAAUCGGUUUUGACUUUAUUUGAUAGGUUUGCAUUUUUUUAUUUUUUUUGUUUCUGUUUUUUUUUUUUUUUUUCGAUCAUUUCAAGCUGUUCUUUUGUUUUUCAAAAGAAAGUGAUAAAUUGCCAAACCACACAGAAUAGACGGCGACGACAGGAGGAAGCGUCAGACACAAAGAAAGCAAAACAGAGGAAUCCAGAAUCGGUUUUGACUUUAUUUGAUAUGUUUGCAUUUUUUGGGUUUUCAAUCAUUUAAAGCUGUUUUUUGUUGUUCAAAAAAAAAGAAAAAAAAAAGAAAAAAAAAAAAAGGUGAUAAAUUGCCAUCAUUAAAAAAAGUGAAAAGACAAAAAAAUACAAUAAAGGACUUUUUGUGUAUU